AUGGCGCACCACCAACGACAUCAUCCCGGUGGCAGCUACCCCCCACCACUCUUCGUCGCAGAACUCGAUGGCAGCAUCCCACACACGUCGCCAGACGGCGCGCCCGUCUUUGAGAUGCCGGCAGAGCCAUCUCCGAAUAGCCAAGUCGACAGCCACAGCCAACCCAAGAAAUCGGAGCGACAGAACUCUGACACCCCAGCCCAGGCCAAUCCCUGGGCAUACUUUGGGCCAAGCGACGACAGCGCGUCCGUAGUCACGCCGACACCCACAAACCGACCACCGGCAGAGCGUCACGAUUCUGCAAGCAAUAGCGCCGCGGCGACGGCUACACAGACGGAGCAAGGUGGACGUCAAGGUCACGCAGGAUAUGGCUCAGAGACAAUGGUGCCCACCAUGACUGGCGAAUCGAGCAUCUCGGCAACCGACUAUCCAUCAAAUCUACGACCGGAGACUGUGAGCCCAGUCAGUCCCUCUGCUGGACCCAGUGCGUAUUUCCCACCGCCGUUGAAUAUCAACAAGCCAGCCCAGCCUCAGUCUCCACCACCGCAAGACACCACUUCGUGGAAGUACAAGCCAUACAAGCCAUAUUCGCCUGGGACGGAAGGCCAUGAUGCUUCACAACCUUCCCGAUACCAGGAUACCAGCAGCCCUUCCAAGGCAGGAGCAGCGACGGUGAAUAUGGUCUACAGACCGUAUCGUCGACCGUCCUUCAAGGAGCCGCCGCAGGAGGAGCAGAGACACUCUCCAUCAUCCCUAGGACAUACCUCUCCACGACCACAGCACGAGUCGUCAGUAGGCUCACCGGGUGCACAGCCGUGUUCUGAAGGCAUGGCGCCCCAUCAUAUAUAUAUGGCACCAACACCCCAAGCUCCAGAGCAUGAUCAACCAAGUCUGAGUCCGAGGCUUGGAGGGGCACCUUUUCAUGGGGUAUCUCCAGCCACGCCACCGCGGCCCAUGGAAAAUGUCUCGUGGCCUCAUCCGCAAGGUGUAGUGUCACCCGUGCCUUCUCAAUCACCCCCAGCAUCCUCCCCGAAACCUCCUGCAGAUGCCUACCAGCACUCUCUGUCGCCGACAUUCCCAGGUUCCGGCGCCGGCUCUCCAGGUCACAACUAUGCACAUUCGCCGCCGCCGCCGCCAUCUUCACAGUCGCCAUCAGCCCUGAACGCAGGCAGACGCACGCCCCAGCCAUACUCUAUUGCGGCGCCGGUGCCUGCUUCAUCAGCGAGCUCGCCACGACCAGAACACCAAACAUCUCAGUCAAGUCUGCCAGCAUCACCACAACCAUCCAAGUUCGCUACACUACCCGACGAACCCGCUCUUCCAAGCUCUCCACCACCAGCUUAUGCCGACAUUGCACCUUCUGGAUCAAGUACACAGCCCCCGGCAGACGUGAAGGCCUCCAUAUUCCCACAAGCGCCGUCAUCCUUCUCGGCACCGCAGACUCCACAUGGGCAUCAAUCCCCUCCGCCGCCGACACAUCCCACAUCUCAUCGGCCUUCGCCGCCCGUUAGCCAUGCAUCGUACGGAAGUGCGACCCCCCAACCACUCUCAGGCAGCUCACUUCAUCCGCCCCCGCCUCUGCCACCCAGACCAAGCUCUUCUGGCGGACCAGCGCGGCCAGUUCCUGGCUUCUCUGGGCAACCAGUGCCAGCGGCGUACCCCGCGCCUCCGAAAACGUAUUAUACGCCCCAACAUCAACCGCCCCCGGGAGGCUACUCACGACCGUCUACCGCCGGGACCAGCAAAUUGUUCGGAGGCUCGGCCAAAAAGUGGCUCGACAAGACUAAUAAGCUCGUGGAGAACAAGGUGGGCGAAAUCUUGCAGAACCACCCCGACCCGAAAUAUAGACCGCAACCCGGGCAGUAUGGGUACCAUGGGGGACAGUCAGGCUACGCGGGACCAGCGUCGUCUGGGUCAUAUGUUACGGGACAGCCAUAUCACGGGCCGCCUCAGACACAGGCACAGGCGCCUCAGGAGCACUACCCAACGCAGCCGCAAUACGCCCACCCUCAAGGUCCACCACCUCCCGGACCAAGGCCUUAG